AUGAAGGAUAGAUGGAUGGGCGGUGAAUCAUGGUCUGAAGUUCGACACCAUGCAACAAAUUCUACACGUCAAAGGGCAACCCAAGUAAGUCUGGAUCUCAACCGUGUAAAUGUCGAUGUUCAAUCGUUCUAUGUUAUGAAUUUCCCUGAUUAUGUGUUACCCAAUGAUCUAUGGAAGGUUUGUUCAUGUUUAGGAAAAAUAGUAGAUGGAUGGGCAGUGAAUCAUGGUCUGAAGUUCGACACCAUGAAACAAUUUCUACACGUCAAAGGGCAACCCAAGAUCAUUUGGUUUGAUGUGGAAGGUCUUCCUUUAAAAGCACGGAGUAAGGACACUUUUCAAAAAAUCAUUGCAAGAUGGUGUACAAUUGUUCAUAUUGAUGAUGAUCUUAGGGAAUAUAUUUAUAAGAAUCGUGUUAAGGAGGCUCCUGGUUGGACUCCUUCUUUCCCACCUGGAGGUUUUAAAAGUGGGGUAAAUGCUAGUGAUGGAAUUGGUAAUAAUGUAGACAAGGGGAGUGUUCACUCAUUUCAGAAAAAGAAGAUGAUAAUAAGUUUCAAGAAAAAGCAACACUUGAAGAGCAAUGCUGCUACUGUUAAUGAUACAGAUCAUCCAAAAACUCCAAUUGCUGCUGAGGUUACGAAGGUUUGUUGUUCAGAGGCCGAUCCAUCAGAAGCAACUCCUGCUAUCGUGUUUGCUGCUAUGGCAGCUCUUAUAGCAGUUGUUCUUCAUACUGCUGUUCUAUAG